AUGUCCUUGAACGCGCAUCUCGCCUGUCCUGAUCCAGAGUUAGCCCCUUUGCUCGCUAAGUUGGGCCCCCCUGCGCCGGGCACUGACGACGUGCUCGUUCUUCGCGAGCAGUUCGAGGUCGCGAGUCUGCUACACCAAGCCGAAUGGGAGGAUUGCGCGCCCGCAGCAUCGACACAUAGCGUGCGCGAGCACGACGUUCGUGUUGAUGCUGAGGAUGGCGGAGAGGGUGGCAUAAUCCAUGUGAGGUGCUAUGCACCCACGUUCGGUGGGCCCUUCCCUUUGUUAGUGUGGUACCAUGGUGGGGGUCUCGUCGCGGGCUCAAUCGAGCUUGACGACGGCUACCUCCGUAGCAUCUGCGUAGACCUGCAGCUCGCAAUCGUCAACGUAGACUAUAGGCUAGCGCCUGAACACGCUUUCCCCACCGGGUUCAACGACGCAUAUAGUGGGCUGAAAUGGGCGGCGACCAAUGCCCAUGUGCUAAACGCCUCCCUGACGCGGGGUUUUCUAGUAGGCGGAACCUCGGCAGGCGCGACCCUCGCCGCCUCGGUGGCCCUGCGGGCGCGAGACGACGCGUUUUUCGCGCCGGGGUCAGGGAGAGAGAUCACUGGGCAGCUGCUGCAGACACCCCAGGUCGUCCAUCCUGAGGCCGAGAUCGGGAGGUAUGCAUCCGAGCUGCGCUCAAUGGAGGAACAAGCCGACGCGCCCUUCUUGACAGCGCGCAAGAUCCGCGCCUUCGCUCGGGCACUCCGCGCGCCGCCGAACGACCCGCGCGUGUCGCCGCUGCUCGCGCCCAGCCACGCGCGGCUGCCGCGGGCGGUCGUCCAAGUCUUUGGGCUGGAUCCUCUCCGCGACGAGGGCCUGCUGUAUGCGCGCGUCCUACGCGAUGCGGGGGUAGAGGUAUACACAAACGUGUAUCCGGGCUGCCCUCACACAUUCAACAUGAUAUUUCCUGAGACGCAAGUUGCUCGGAAGGUCGACCAUGAACUUCGGGAAGGCGUCCGGUGGCUCUUGGAGACGAGAGCGCAUGCUCGCUCAUCGAGCUGUGUACUGAACUGAGUUCUGCAACGUCAGAGGCAUCAUCGUC